AUGAUCCGUGGUGAUUUCAGUAAAAUUCCAGAAGUUACGUUUGAAUUCAACAUAGACCAGUCGGGUCCGGAUAAGGAUCUCAAAGUGAAAAGAUGUGGGGACCACCUUGUUCCUAUUAUAUAUUCACAAGCUCUUGGAAGGUGGCAUUCUUUAGGCAUCAAGCUAGAAACAUCUGAUCUGCUAAGAGCAUAUCUUAAACCCACCUCAAUAUAUACCUACGCUUGA